AUGUCAACAACAUGGAAUAAUAGAAUUAUUUGGUUGAUGACAACUGAAAAGACUAAUAAGUUAAGGUUUAAAGAAUAUAUAAGAAAUAUUGCCACCAAUGCAAUAAAAGCCUAGAAGGACAAGGUAAAUACUAGAUAUUUAUUUCAUAGAAUUUGCUUUAAUAUUUAAGAAAUUUUAAUAUUGAUGAAAGCAUGCUUCGGACACGUUAAAGUAUUUAGCAUUGUACUUUUUCUUUCUAGGUAAAAAAAUUCGUAAAAAAGAGAAAAAGAUCAAAAUUUUAAUUAACGGACGAAAGACUUUGGAUAAUAUAAUUUGAAUGGAACAGAAAUAAGGUGAUAUAGACUAGUUAAAUGUAUGAAUCUCUGCAAUAAAAAGUAUGAAACAAGGAUUCUUAUAAUAGUUUUGAAAGGAAACAGUGGAAAUCUUUGUCAUAAAAUACAAUACCAAAUGUAUCUAAAAAAAAAGAAAAGAGGAAAAAGAAUUAGAAUUAGAUUACGAAUAUCACAUAUUAAGGAAAUAGCAUUAUUAGUAAAUUUGUAUAUAUUAAGUACUUUUUAAAAUAUAAAUAAAAGAGAUGGGAUUUAAAUUUUAUUGCAAUAGAUUUAAAAAAUCAAAGGAAAAACUAGAGCUAUCUGAUAAUUUUUAAAUGUAUAAGUUCGUUUAUAUUAUAACAUCAUACAAAAAGUUCAUAGCUAUCGUGCUGUAGCAAAUUACAUCGUACGGUUUUUACGUUUUCGUUUAUUAUAUUUAGAUUUUUACUUUUACAGUUAUUUAAAACUUUCAUUAACAAUCAUUAUUAUUUGCAAUGGAUCUUAUAUAAUAACUCCUAUGAAAACCACGUAAUGCUGCGUAAUAAGAAUAAUAAAUGAUAAUUAUCAUUUUAUAAUUUUCAGCCUAGAUUUAUUAAUAUUAAAAGAAAUAGUACAAAAGAUGGCAGGUAUCGAAGCUGCUGAGGAAAUGACUUCGGAUCAAUUAGAUGCCAUGGCAGGUGGAGAUUUAUUAAAGAAUGAAGCCGGUUACUUCAGUCAAGUACGCAAUACAAAAAAAUCAUCGCAACGAUUAAAAGAAGCCCUAGCUGAACAUGAUUUGGCUGUAGCGCUAUGCCUUUUAAUGGCACAACAAAAACAUUGCGUUGUGUAUAGGGAAACGGAUAAGUCUCAUCUUAAACUCGUUGGUAAACUGUACGAUCAGUGUCAAGAUACAUUAGUCCAAUUUGGUACUUUCUUGGGAUCCACUAUGACAGUAGAUGAAUACGUGGAAAGACUUCCCUCCAUACAUUCUAUGCUCCAGGACAAUCAUAUACAUUCUGAUGUCGCAUUUUUUCUUGCAAGACCAAUGUUUGCACACGCCAUUAACAUUAAGUACGAUGCUUUGCGUAAAGCUGAUCCAAAUUACAAAAAAAUGUCGACUGCUAUGAAACAAGCAAAGUAUGCAGAAGCUGCACAAGCAGUUAUGGCGCCUGUUGCUCAAUCAGUCAGACCUUUACAUCCAUUGAAAGUAUGGGAAGAUAUCUCGCCACAAUUUCUAGUGACAUUUUGGUCCUUGUCUAUGUACGAUCUGUAUGUUCCUGUUGAGAGUUAUCAGAGAGAAAUUAACAAAUUAAAGCAACUCGCGGCACAAAGUGCGGAUUCCAAAGAUGUAAAUGUUAGUAAGGGAAAGAAAGAGCAAGAAAGGUAUACGACUCUAAUUGAAAAACUACAAGACGAAAGAAGAAAGCAGGAAGAACAUGUUGAAAAAGUAUUUGCAUAUCUAAGGCAAGAAAAAGAUACAUGGUUUUUAUCUCGAAGCGCAAAAUCAGCGAAAAAUGAAACGAUAACGCAAUUCCUACAAUUAUGUCUGUUUCCUCGAUGUACAUUUACAACUGUGGAUGCCAUGUAUUGCGCUAAAUUCGUUCAUACCAUACAUUCUUUGAAGACUGCGAAUUUUUCAACUCUUCUUUGCUAUGACAGACUUUUCUGUGAUAUAACAUAUUCAGUUACCUCAUGUACCGAAAAUGAAGCAAAUCGUUACGGGAGAUUUUUAUGCGCCAUGCUGGAAACAGUAAUGAGAUGGCACUCUGAGAAAGCCAUAUUCGAUAAGGAAUGUAGCAAUUAUCCGGGAUUCGUAACGAAAUUCCGUGUUAGCAAUCAAUUCUCUGAGGCUAACGAUAUGGUAGGAUUUGAAAAUUAUAGACAUGUGUGCCACAAGUGGCAUUAUAAAAUCACAAAGGCAAUUGUAGUUUGUUUGGAUUCUAAAGACUAUGUACAAAUAAGAAAUUCCUUGAUAAUAUUAAUAAAAAUAUUGCCACAUUUUCCUGUCUUGGCAAAAUUGUCACAAAUUCUUGAGCGUAAAGUAGAGAAAGUGAGAGAAGAAGAACGUGGACAACGCCAAGAUUUACACGUCCUGGCUACAUCGUACAGUGGCCAAUUAAAGGCCAAAACUCCAAAUAUGAUUCGCGAGGCAGAUUUUCAUCACGUGGGAGAUAAGGCUGGAAAAACACAAGAUACUCCAAACAGUGAUGUCUCGGAGAAAGUUGGGGAUGGAAUAUCUGGUAAAGAAAUUACAAAUGGCGACACCAGGUUAGAGAAAGAAAGUAAAGAUCAACGAGAAAAACGAAGUGCAUCGAACCAAUUGCAUCAUGAAAGCUCGGAAAAAAUUAGGAAAAAGGAAGAAAAUAAAGAAAGUCUGGAAGGAAAAGAUAAACAUUUAAAAAAGGAUGAAAUCAAGGAAGAUGACACGAUAGAUAAAAAAGACCGAAAAUACUACAAAGAUGAACAUUAUUAUAGCAGUGCUGUAGAUAAUUUAGACCGUGAUCUUUCUAGUGUAUCAAAUAGUAGUGCUAGUUCCGGACCAACACAAGAUGGAUCAGAUAGAGGAGGGGAGACGUGCCGAGGGAAGUUUCGACAAAAAGGAACGCUCAAGCAAAGGCAAAAUAAGAGAUGAACAGAAAGAGUUGCGCAGAGAGAAGAAAUUCGCACGAAAAAGAGAAAAGUCACCCUACACAAAGGAACGUACUCAUGAACGGGAAGGCCGUGAAAGCCGGGACAAACAAUAUCCUUUAAAGAAUGCAUGCUAAAAAUCGAAAAAAAAAAUUAUAUCUCGUAAACUAUGAAUAAAGAUCGUUUGUAUUUUCAAUUAUUAUAUAAAAGAUAAAGAAAUAUAAUCCUUAAUUCUGAGUACUAGGAGAAGUUCGGAUCCCAAACGGAGAUGAUGUACAACAAUGGAAAAGAUUCGACUUAACAUUUUAUAUACUACGUUUGGUGUUGCAUGUAAUUAAGGUAGAAUUCAAAUAAUAAAGAAAAAAGAUAGCGAAUAAUUUGUAUAUUAUAUUAACGUCCAAUUUUAUAAAAUAAACUAGGUAACAAAAGCACUUUGUUCUAUUCAGUCUUAAAUUUGUACAUACGAUUAAAAUUUUAUAUAAUUUAUAAUAGGAAUUAUCAAUGAACGUAAUAAAUAUUCAAUUUGAUAUAGCGCUUGUUUCGUUAAUUAUUAUUCCCGAUAUUUUUUUAAAAAUUCAGAAUAAAUAUUACAUUCUUUUUUUUAUGCAAAAGAAAACUGGCAUAAAUAUUACACAAAUUACAUCUUUUUUCGAUUUUUCCUUAUUUUAUUUCUAUCAGAUUACUGUAUGUUAUAUUAUAUGUUAAGGUGAUUUAUUAAUGAAAUUAUAAUAAUACUGAUCCGCUUUUAAGCUUUCUUCUUCUAAACGUUUAAGUCUCAUCUUUGCAUCUUGGAGAAUAUCUUCUGUCGAACUGCUUUCACUAAUAAUUGUAUUUGCACUAACAGUUUGUGUUGGAACUUCAGUUGGUUUCAACGAGCGUAUUCCUUCCACUUGUCGAGACAACUGAAGAGCUCGUUGUGUUAUUUGUUCUAUUCUUAAUUGUUGCUCCUGAAUAAGAGCACUUAAUUUUUUUUUUUCUUUAAUAAGGACCUCAAUUUUAUUCUCUUGUUGUAUGUCCUUUACAGUAUCUGUUUGUAUUUCAAUGUUUCGUAAAAAAUGAUUGCAUAAUUUUACUGAAUGUUCAGUUUGUACACCUUUCUGCAUAUGAGCUUUUUUAAAUUCUUCUUCUAGUUUUUUAAAAUCUUCUUGCUCCCGUUUCAGUCUGUCUGCUUUUUGUAAUAAUAGUUUUUCUUUCAAUGUUAAUUCCUUUUCCUUUUGUAAAACUUGUUCAUUAUUCUGUUUUCUUUCUUUUAGUUGUUUUUCUUUCAAACUCAUAUUAUGUAUCAUAUGCUGAACUUGAUGCAAUUUUGUAUUUAAUAUUACAAGUUGUUGCUUAAUGAUAAUUGCCUGUUCUUUUAAUAUCAUUUCCCUUUUGUGUAGUUUAUUGUCAACCAUUUGCUUAUGUGUAGAUAUCUUCCUUUUCAAAGCAGUUAAUUUUUCUGUAUAAAAACUAUGAACUUGCCAAGAAACUUCAGUUUGAGUGGAUUCAUUACAAACGAAUACUUUUUCUUUUAUUGGUACAUCAUUGUGUAUAUUAUAAGUGAACAUAGUUAUAGACUUCAAUAUACAUAAAAGAAGAGGCAUAUCAUUUUUUUUGUACUGUGAUAUAACAUACUGUCCUUUAGGAUCACGAGGAUUAAUACCUAACGUUUCCAAAACGUGCAAUAUAUAAUCACUUUGUAAUUUUUCAUUAUCCUCUUCAUUGCUACUAGAUUUUUGAACUGUCUUGUUAAAAAAAUUAAUUAACAAUGGGGCUUCACUGGCAAAUACAGAUAAUGUAUAUGCAUAAUUAUGAUUCAAUAAAUAUUCUGCUAUUAAUAGAUCGUAAACAUACUGCUUUGCACAUUUGGGCCCAUAAUUUUUUAAAAUAAUAUUUUUACUUUUUAACGCAUUUAUUAAAUUUUGACGAAGAUGCGUUCUCAUAUUCGAUAUUACUCCACAUUUUUCAAACCAUUUAUACAGAGUACUAUAAUAUUCUGGAUCCAUAUCACAUUAAAAAUUAAAAAUAAACGUAUUACAAAAGUUUUUUCAUAAAAGAUUUAAUCUAUAUUGUUUAGUAAACACUUUUGUACAUGUACAAAGUGUAAAUCCCAUUUAUAUUCU